UUGGGUGUCGGUUGGGUUUCACCGGCGUCCAAGCUGACGUUCAGUCGGCGCGUGGUGUUCCAACGGUUCGGAAGAGAGGCAUCAGCUUUCCAAUCUUUUUGUUGUAGUUUUUGUUGUUGUUGUUGUUGUUGUUGUUGUUGCAAUUGCUUUAACAGUGCACCUGGAGUGGCUACACAGGCAACAUCGUGUCGUGCAUAUAUAGGUGAACCGUGUGGCAGCCCCUUUGUGAACCGCCGAGUGCCGGGUUACAGUCAGAUCAAUCCCGCACGGCUAACAGACACACAACUUUGCGACGUUGACAGCGUGUACAUCAGCCCGGCAAAGCGUUUGCGGCACACCGAACUAGAGAACAACCCCACACGGACGCGCGCUGGUCAAUGUGCCCGCCGGGGCACGCGGCAUGGAUACGGUGCGCUUUUCAAUCAUAGAAAAUGAGAUGCGCUGGGAGGAUGAGUACCGGAUGUACUACCAGGAGGAGCAGGCGGACGAGGGCAGCGAGCCGACGGACAGUGCCGGCCGCUUCCGGCUGAGCAUCUCGAGCGAGAGCGACGUCGGUGGCGUCGAGAUUUCGUCCCCGAACCAGCCGCACGAUUUUGGCAGCGGGCGCGAAGGGCAGGAAGAGAUCUGGGCGUACGCCGACAUUGAGGCGGGGCUGAAGGAGCUGCCCGGGGGUGAUCGGGUGGCCGAGCUGCUCGGCUGCAGUGUGGUGCCGGCCGGCGACAUCCUGCAGGACACGGGCCCCGACCAGCGCGACACGGUCGUACUGCUGGCGGUGUGGUACAGCAAGCACGACCUGCUGCGCAAGCUGCUCGCGCUCGACGGCGUCAGUGCGGGCGUGUGCGAUGCGGCCGGCCGGACCGCGCUCCAUCUGGCCUGCUACAUCGGCGACUACAAGGCGACGGAGGUGCUGCUGCAGCACGGCGCCAAGGCACAGUGCUGGGAUCGGGAGAAAACCGCCACACCGCUGCACUGUGCGGCCAGCUGCGGCAGCCUCGAGUGCGUAACGCUCCUGCUCGCCCAGAGCGUGGACAUCAACGCCGGCAUCGAGAAGCACUCCGCGCUGCACUACGCGGUCAUGCGCAACAGCAAGCGCUGCGUCGAGUAUCUGCUCGCGCACGGUGCCAACCCGAACACGCCGCAGGUCUACACGCAGACGCCGCUGCACGUGGCGGCCGCCCUCGGGUACGGCGAGUGUAUGGAGCUGCUGCUGGCGCACGGGGCCGACGCCCGGUCCCAGUACGGGCAGAAGAAGAUCACCGCCCUGCAUCUGGCCGCCUCGGAGAACUAUCUCGACUGCGUGCGGCUGCUGGUGGCGGCGGGCGCCAACAUCGACGCCCGCAACCGGGACCAGCAGACGCCCCUGCACCUGGCCUGCCUGUCCCAGUGCCACGAAACCGUCACGUACCUGAUCGCCCAGCGGGCCGACGUGCACGCGGUCUACCGGGACGGGCGCACCGCCCUGCACGCCUCGAUCGUGAAGGAGUCCCGGUUUUGGGACUGCACGCUCAGCCUGCUGAAGGCGAAGGUGGACGUGAACCGGGCGGACAACUUCGGCUACACGCCGCUCCACAUUGCCGCACUGAACGAGUUCAGCACGUGCGUGUACAUGCUGAUCGAGUACGGUGCGGACAUCACGGCGCGCACGAACGGUGGCGUAUCGGCGCUGUCGUUCAUCAUACGCCGCACGCCGGAAAUAAUACCGCGCUACGUGGACAAGCUCGAUGCGGCGAUCAGCGUGAACAGCAUACACGAGAUCGGCGACGUGGACUGCGAGAUACGGCUGGACUUUCGGCUGCUGGUGCCGAACAACGACCGCGGCGAGACCGAGCUGCUGCUCGCGUUCAUCGAGGUGGGCCAGAAGCGCAUCCUGAAGCAUCCGCUCUGCGAAACGUUCCUGCUGCUCAAGUGGCGCCGGAUACGGAAGUUUUUCAUCUUCAGCCUGUUCUACCACGGGCUGUUCGUGCUGCUGUUUACCGCGUACGUGCUCGGGGUGUACGUGCGCGACUGCCGGGCAGAGCCGUGCCCGCUGCCCGCCUACAUACCGGCGGUCGGGUACGUCAUCAUCCUGUUCAACCUGGUGCUGCUGACGAAGGAGAUCUUCCAGAUGAUGCACGGCUUCGUCAGCUACGUCCGGUACUGGGAGAACUGGCUGCAGUGGAGCAUCGUGAUCGGCAUUUUUCUCUGCACGCACAACACACUGAACGAAUCGAACGCCAUCAUGAACUGGCAGCACCAUGUGGCGGCCGUCGUCAUCUUUCUGGCCUGGCUCGAGCUGAUGAUGUUGGUGGGCCGGUUUCCCAUCUUCGGCCUGUACGUGCAGAUGUUUACCACCGUGGCGGUAAACUUUUCCAAAUUUCUGAUGGCCUACUGCUGCCUGCUGGUCGCGUUCGGCCUCAGCUUCUGCGUGCUGUUCCCGAACUACAUCGCGUUCAAGGAGAUACCGCGCUCGCUGCUGAAAACGAUCGUGAUGAUGGCGGGCGAGCUCGAGUUCGAGGACAUCUUCUACGGGGAGAAUCUGAAGAUCGAGUAUCCUGCCACCGCGCACGGCAUGUUUCUCGCGUUCGUCCUGCUAGUGACGGUCAUCCUGACCAAUCUGCUGGUCGGUCUGGCCGUCAGCGACAUCCAGGGGCUGCAGCAGUCGGCCGGGCUCGACCGGCUGUCCCGCCAGGCGGAACUGAUUUCCCGGCUGGAGAGUCUCAUGUUUUCGCGCCUGCUGCGCAAAGCGCCGAUCCGCAUCUGGGCCAUCUUUCAGAAGAUCGCGCUGCUGAAGACGUCCCGCUGCCGGUUACACUUUCGCGUCAAGCCGAACGAUCCGCGCGAGAAGCGGAUUCCGCGGGAGCUCAUCACCUCGAUCUACAAGCUGGUGGCGGAGCGGCGCGAGCGCAACCAAUCGAUCAAGCGCCGGCGCACCUACCGGAACAUGCAGACGUUCAACCGCUUCCUGCUGGACGAUGCGGACGACGAUGGGGCCGUCACGCUGCGCCGGAAGCACUUUAAAACGGUCAACAAAAAGCGCACCAUCUCGGAGCACCCGCACGGCGGGAUGCGGCCCGACACGAUGCCGCCGGUCAUGCCGGGGGCGCGCAUUUCUAACACUAACGCCGGGGCGCUCAAAACGCUCGAGGACAACCAGAAAGCCAUCCUGAAGCGGUUGGACGAGCUGGGCAAGGACCUUGACAUUCUUAAGGGUAGAAUAAAAAAGCCUUAGGACACUACGGCAUGUAGUGCGAAAUAA